AUGGAGAAUAUGGCGGAGGAGGAGCUGCUACCCCUGGAGAAGGAGGUAGAAGUGGCCCAGGUCCCGACCCCGGCCCAGAACUCGGCUUGGGUCACAGCUCCGGCCCCAGACUCGGCCCCGACCUCGGCCUCGGCCCCUGCUUCGGCUUCGGCUCCAGCCCCGGCUCCGACUCCGGCCUCGGCUCCAGCCCCAGCCCCUGCCCUGGCCCAGGCUCCGGCCCUGUCCCCGUCCCUAGCCUCUGCCCCUGAGGAGGCUCAAAGCAAAAGACACAUCUCAAUUCAAAGGCAGCUUGCUGAUCUAGAGAAGUUAGCCUUUGUAGCUGAAGAGGAUUUUAACUCUGCCAGUUCAUUGAACUCAGAUAAUCUUGAUACAGGAAAAAAACAGACUUGUCCAUUGUGCCCUAAGGAAAAAUUAAGAGCUUGUAAUAGUCAUAAACUUCGUCGUCAUCUUCAAAAUUUACACUGGAAAGUCUCAGUUGAAUUUGAAGGUUACAGGAUGUGCAUCUGUCACUUACCUUGUCGACCAAUCAAACCAAAUAUUGGAGAACAGAUAUCCAGUAAAAUGGGCGCCCAUUAUCAUUGCGUCAUUUGUUCAGCAACAAUCACCCGAAGGACUGAUAUGUUAGGACAUGUUAGGCGCCACGUGAAUAAGGGAGAGACUAAAUCCAGGUAUUUUGCUGCUUCUACUGCUAAACCACCUAAUGAAAUUUUGAAAGAGGCAGACACGGAUGUACAAGUUUGUCCUAAUUAUUCUAUACCUCAAAAAACAGAUUCUUAUUUUAAUCCCAAAAUGAAACUAAAUCGACAGCUAAUAUUCUGUGCAUUGGCUGCUUUGGCUGAGGAACGAAAACCUUUGGAAUGUCUAGAUGCCUUUGGAGCCACUGGGAUAAUGGGAUUACAAUGGGCAAAGCAUCUUGGAAAUGCAGUAAAGGUUACAAUUAAUGACUUGAAUGAAAACUCUGUGACAUUGAUCCAGGAAAACUGCCAUUUAAACAAAUUAAAAGUAGUGGUGGACAGUAAGGAAAAGGAAGAGAGUGAUAAUGUUCUUGAAGAAGGAGAGGAAUACCUUGGUAAUAUUAAGGUGACGAAAAUGGAUGCCAAUGUACUGAUGCAUUUGAGAUCUUUUGAUUUCAUACAUCUAGAUCCUUUUGGAACAUCAGUGAACUAUCUAGAUUCUGCUUUCAGAAAUAUAAGAAACCUUGGCAUAGUGUCAGUGACUUCUACAGAUAUCAGUUCUUUAUAUGCCAAAGCACAACAUGUUGCCCGGCGUCACUAUGGCUGUAACAUUGUCCGAACCGAAUAUUACAAGGAACUAGCAGCCAGAAUUGUUGUAGCUGCGGUAGCAAGAGCUGCAGCCCGAUGUAACAAAGGCAUAGAAGUACUGUUCGCAGUGGCCCUGGAACAUUUUGUAUUGGUUGUUGUAAGAGUUUUGAGGGGGCCUACCUCAGCAGAUGAAACAGCCAAGAAGAUACAGUACCUGAUACAUUGUCAGUGGUGUGAAGAGAGAAUUUUUCAGAAGGAUGGUAAUAUGGUAGAAGAAAACCCAUAUAGACAGCUACCCUGUAACUGUCAUGGAAGCAUGCCUGGAAAGACAGCGAUAGAACUUGGACCUCUUUGGUCAAGUUCCCUUUUUAAUACUGGAUUCCUCAAAAGAAUGUUAGUUGAAUCUCUUCACCAUGGUUUAGAUGACAUUCAAACCCUAAUAAAGACAUUAAUCUUUGAAUCAGAAUGUACUCCUCAGAGUCAGUUUUCAGUUCAUCCAUCUUCAAAUAUCAACAAGCAAGAAGAAUGUGGCGUAUAUACUAAAACUACAGAUGAUACCACAACAGAUAAUUACAUUGCACAAGCAAAGAGAAAAAGUAAUGAAAUGACCACAAAUUUAGCCAAGAGACAAAAGGCUGAUAUCAGUACUGAACAUCCACCCUUUUAUUACAACAUCCACAGACACAGUAUUAAAGGAAUGAACAUGCCAAAGUUAAAAAAGUUUUUGUGCUAUCUUUCUCAAGCAGGCUUUCGAGUAAGCCGAACUCAUUUUGACCCAAUGGGUGUUCGUACAGAUGCACCUCUGAUGCAGUUUAAAUCUAUCCUUUUAAAGUACAGCACCCCAACCUACACUGGAGGACAGACAUCAUCUGAAGAUACAGUAGCUGACAGAAUUGAAAUGUCAGUGAAUGAUAAAGCAGACACAAGCAGCUGCAGAAGAUGGUAAAUGUAGAGAAUUGUUUAUUCCCAGAUGUCUGUGUAGAUGACCUACUAGUUCUCUGUGCCAACCAACUGCAGUUCUUUUUCUGUACUUUCAAUUCAAUAGUGUAAAAAUAAAAACAGUGCUGUUUUCAUUCAGCAAAUUAGCAGUUUCUAACUUAGCUGGUUUGGGAGCUAUGCUUUCAGGUUUUUAUUUUAAAGAAAACUUUAAAAAAUUUAAUGAAAACAUUUCAUAUAUGAAACUUAAGUCUGAGAUCACCCUACUGUUGAAAUUUUCACAUUUUCACAUACAGUGUUUGGAAUUUCAUGUUAUAGAAGCCAUCUUUUCUAAAUCACAUCUCUACUUACACUGAGUUUUUUUUUUUUUUUUUUUUGUGGUAUACAAAAUGA